AUGGAUGUGGGCAUUUGCAACUUUGGACUACGUAGGACACAAACAAAUAGUUCUUCACGUACCUUGUUUAGAUCUUCUUUAGCACUGUCUUCCUCUGGAACUGCUUUUAAAGUUCCGGAAUCUACUGACAAUCGAAUAAGUCCUUGUUGUUUUUGUAAUUUGAACCAUCCUGCGUCUAAGUGUGACAAGUAUCCGCCAGUGAAAGAAAAGUUUAAUUACACAACAAUCACUCUAAUGCAGCAGCAGCUUCUGCAUAAGGUCAUUCAGAACACAAUCGACUCCGAGAUCAAGCUCAAUGACGUGUGUGUCCUGAGAGCAGUUUUUUAUGAGGCCUUAAGCUCGUUUGAAAUACCAAUGUAUCGCGUGGAGUUGCCAGACGCGAAUUAUACGCAAGUUGCUAAAGUCAUUUUUGAUGACUUUGAUGCAGAGUUAACCGAAACCUGUAGUCUGGAACAGCAGUUUACAAUGGAAGUGACAGGCAGAUUCGCAAAGGCGCUUCCCCGUGAUUUCACCUUUUCUUUUUUAUCAGCUACAACAGAUGUGAGGCUCAGUUGUAUGGGGAAGCUGAAUUCUGAGGAUAAAAUAACUCCAGACUGCGUGUUUAUGUCCGACGAUGUAUGGGGUAGUAGUAGAAUUUACCACUACUCGGCGUCAAGCAAAAAAGAGUUUAGAGGAGGCGUACGUGCUUAA